AGUCGCUCAGUGCCACAUGGCCAAGUGAUAUGAGAUCAGUGGUUGUGCACAGAGACAGCUGAGACAGCAUGACCUGGACUAAUAGUCUGGCCUCGGCCCGGGCCUUCUUGAACGGACGAGGGGAGGGAGACGGCAAUGUCAGGACGCUAGUAUCCAACCUGCUUUACGAGGACCAGAAACCGAAAGAUCAUCCCAACAGACACUAUGCAGGAAAUGGUGUCAAGACAACAAAAUAUAGCAUCUGGUCCUUCAUCCCUAUGAACUUGCUGGAACAAUUCCAUCGGGUCGCCAAUAUUUAUUUCCUCGGCUUGGCUGUGCUCAACUUUAUUCCAGCAGUGAAUGCUUUCCAGCCACAAGUGGCCAUCAUUCCCAUUUGUGUCAUUCUGGGCUUGACUGCCAUCAAGGAUGCUUGGGAGGAUUUCAGACGCUACAAGAGUGAUCGUCAGCUCAACAGCAUGCCCUGCCUCAUCUAUAGCAGGAGCCAGCGGAGCUUUGUGGAGAAAAGAUGGAAGGAUGUACGGGUGGGGGAUUUUGUCCAAGUGCUCUCCAAUGAGACUGUCCCAGCAGACAUCUUGCUCUUGCAUACGUCCAAUCCUAAUGGAGUGUGCUACAUGGAGACUGCCAAUCUGGAUGGUGAGACCAGCCUUAAGCAGAGGAAAGUGGUGCCUGGCUUUUCCACACAGAAUACUCCAUUUGAGCCAUUGAACUUCAACAGCACUGUGGUUUGCGAGAAGCCCAACAACAACCUGAACAAUUUCAAUGGCUUUCUACAAAAAGACAACAAGAAGACAGGUUUUGACAUUGAGAGUCUAUUACUACGUGGAUGCACCGUCAGAAAUACAGCUCAUGCGUCAGGGAUUGUGGUGUAUGCAGGCCAUGAAUCAAAGUCAAUGUUAAACAACAACAGACCAAGGUACAAACGUAGCAAACUGGAAAGGAAAAUGAACAAGGACGUGCUCCUCUGUGUGCUUCUGCUCUUUUGCAUGUGUCUCAUAGGGGCCAUAGGUCAUGCCUAUUGGUUGAGAACUUUCCCUAGUAUCCCUAUCUACUUUAUACCAGAAAGAGAUGGAAGUUUUAUUCCUUCAUUUCAAGCAGGGAUCUACAUGUUUUUUACCAUGAUUAUCCUACUGCAGGUGAUGAUCCCAAUUUCACUCUACCUGUCCAUCGAGCUGGUGAAGAUUGGCCAGGUGUUUUUUAUCACUCAAGAUUUGGACCUAUAUGAUGAGGAGAAGGACACUCGGGUCCAGUGCCGUGCUCUUAAUAUCACAGAGGACCUCGGCCAGAUCCAAUACGUCUUCUCAGACAAGACAGGGACUCUGACAGAAAACAAAAUGGUGUUCCGCCGUUGCUCGAUAAUGGGAACUGAAUUCCCUCAUGAGGAUAAUGCAACACGAUUGGCCAUUCUGGCGAAGGACACAGAUCCAGAUGAGGAGGUUAUUUUUCAACAGAACAGACAUAUAUCUCUGUUUUCUCUGGAGGAGAUUCAGGAGGGCCCAGCAGGAGGCCGAGUCAACUCCACCACCUUUGCCAGGAGCAGAUUUCACAGGCCAAGGUUCAUAGCAGGAACCCCUGGAAGCCUUGCUUUCAGCAGCCCACUGGAAACCGAGGUGCUUCCAGACCAGACAUUGCUCCAGCUAGUAGAAGAAGCUGAAUGUGGAGGGAAAAAUGCACAGUACCUGGAGUUCUUCCUGGCUUUAACCAUCUGCAACACAGUAGUGGUUUCAACAAAAGCAGCCCAGAGACAAAGGGCUAAAGGACAACAUAGUUCUUUUACCUCCAGAAGUUCAAUCGAGUGUAUGGAUGGCCUGUGGAGUCAAGUAGCAUCUCUUGGGAAGAAAAUCGUAGGCAAAAGAAGCACAUUCUCUGAGCCUUUACCCAUGGAUCCUAUGGACUCUCUUGUCCAUGAUGUCCCCAGUUUUUAUGGUUAUAAGGAGGGCCAAAAUGGAUCCAGGCAGGCCCAGACAGAAUGCAAUCUGUCUGUGAUAGAGGAAGCAUGUUAUGAGGCCCAGAGUCCAGAUGAAGCAGCUCUGGUGCAUGUAGCCAAGGCUUAUGGCUUCACCUUAAAGGAACGAACACCUUAUCAUGUAACUGUCCAGCUACCUCAAGGGAGGCUGCUGAAGUUUAACGUGCUGGAUGUUUUGGCCUUUGAUUCAACUCGGAAGAGGAUGUCCGUAAUAGUGCGUCAUCCUGAAACUAACGAGAUUGUAAUGUAUACCAAGGGUGCAGACUCAGGCAUCAUGGAGCGACUGCAGAAUACUUUUCAAGACAAAUCACAACAGAAAAAUGAGAGUAGAAAAAUUGCACAUAAGACUCAGAAAGACCUCGACAUGUAUGCUAGAGAUGGAUUGCGCACAUUGUGCUUUGCAAGAAAGGUUAUCAGUGAACAGGCCUAUAGGAAAUGGUCCACUAUGAGACAAGAAGCCAUGUCAGCCAUAGAAAACAAAGAAAAGCUGCUCAUGGACACUACAGCAUACAUGGAAAACAACCUUACACUGCUGGGGGCCACCGGAAUUGAGGACCGCCUUCAAGAAAAUGUUCCAGAAACCAUCCAGGCAUUGAGAGAGGCAGGAAUGCAAGUAUGGGUGCUGACCGGAGACAAACUUGAGACAGCUGUCAACAUUGCCUACUCCUGCAAGCUACUGGACCAGAAUGACCUGGUGUUCACUUUUAAAAUGGCAAACAAGGACGUCUGUAGUACUAUGCUUAAUGGAGCACUGAGUGAGAUUCCACGGUUUCUGGGUGAGAUGCCCAGAAUUGGCCUGGUGAUUGACGGUAAAACCCUAAGCCUGCUCCUGGAUGACGAUCUACAGGCUCCUUUUUUGCAGUUAUGCCAACACAGUCACUCUGUGCUGUGCUGCAGAGCCACACCGCUGCAGAAGAGCAAAGUGGUCACGCUGCUGCGUGAGAAGCUCAAAGUCAUGACUCUUGCUAUAGGUGAUGGUGCCAAUGACGUAAAUAUGAUUCAAGCAGCAGAUGUCGGUGUGGGAAUAUCAGGCCAGGAAGGCAUGCAGGCUGUCAUGGCCAGUGACUUUGCAAUAUCUCGCUUCAAACACUUGAAGAAGCUUCUCCUGGUUCAUGGUCACUCCUGUUACACACGGCUGACAAACAUGAUCAUCUAUUUCUUUUACAAGAAUGUGGCUUACGUCAACCUCCUUUUCUGGUACCAGUUCUUCUGUGGCUUCUCUGGCACAGCCAUGAUUGACUACUGGUUCAUGAUUUUCUUUAACCUCCUCUUUACAUCCUCUCCACCCAUCAUGUUUGGCAUCAUGGACAGUGAGGUUUCUUCUCACAUGCUUCUUCACCUGCCUGAACUUUAUAAAAGGGGCCAGCAUUCUGAGGGAUACUGUCGUAGAACCUUUUGGAUAGCCAUUCUAGAUGCCUUUUAUCAGAGCCUUGUCUGCUUUUUUAUCCCAUACUGGACAUACAAAGGCUCUGAUAUUGGGGUCUUUGCCUUGGGAACCCCAAUGAAUACUGUCUCUUUGUUCACAAUUUUGCUUCAUCUGGCAAUUGAGAUCAAGAGCUGGACAGUGGUGCACUGGGUGAUCAUGGUGGGGAGUGUCUUGACGUUCUUCAUCGUGACUCUGGCUUUCAGCGCCCUGUGUAUAAGCUGUAACCCUCCAUCAGACCCAUACUGGAUCCUGCAGCAGCAAAUGAAAGACCCUGUUUUCUACCUAGUCUGCAUUUUAACCACAAUUGUAGCUCUGCUGCCAAGGUACACAGUGCAUGCCUUGAGAGGAACGCUAGUGCCCUGUGACCACCUAAAGGCAAGGCAGAUAGAUAAGCUGCCUCCAGACCAACGGGAUAUGUGGCUCAGAGAGUGGAGAAGCCUCAGAAAUCUUUGUAGUUUCUACACCAGCAUGUCCUCGUCUGCACAUAAACGCUCAGGUUCAGUCCAGGAUGUAGCUUAGUACUUCAGUCCUCUCAACAAUAAUUCAAUGCACAGCAGAAUGGGAGCACAAAAAAGUGUUUGACACAGAACUAUUGAUGGCAAUUUUAAACAAUGGAAAACUUAAACUUUGGCCAAAGGACAAGGUGCAAGUGCAACUUUGCAAAUAUGAAAAUAAAGACCUCAUACCAAAAAUACUUUAAUGCAGUGUUUACAACAUUUUAAACUGGCCUCAGUCAAGGAAAUAUCCUGAUAAGCUUGAAGCCAUUAUUUUUAGGUUUCUGAACCUUUUAUCCUCCAGCCUCUUUUCCAUUAACAAGCCUCAUGGAUUAAAUGUGGAAGCUGACUCCGAGCCCAUCUCUGAGGUUCUUUCCAUCUCUCGCGAAGUUCAGAAUAUUAUGCUGCACAAGCCAAUCUAGCCGAUCAAUGCACCACUCACAGUUUCUCAGCAAACACCUCAAAACGAGCUGCUUUUCUGGAUUUGGUGAUUUGAAGUGGCAGUGGCUUCCCUGUGAGAAACCUACUUUCACUGUGAGAAACCUCAUUUGUAUUCAGAGGUGCUUCGAGCUGCUCAUGAAAUAAUUGAGGAUUGCAGAUGUUACAUAAUAUCUUGGUAUUUUCAGUUCAUGAAUCCGUGUUGACAGCAUGCUGGGCUUGAUGGUGUGAGACAGAAGCACAAGAACUGCAGCACGAUUUAGAAGCAUCUCUGACUUUAGUUAUGCUACUUAAUUCAUAAUUAUUUAAUAUUGUGUUUGACAAGAUUGUUUGUAAGUAUAUGCAUGUGCAGGAAUACAACAUGCACUUCAUUGUAACUCUGACUGUCUCCUUGAAAGACAAACGUCAGAGACACGUGAUGAUCACACUCAAGGUGUCGCAUAGUGAGAUAAGCUGGGUAAAUCUGAGCCUUCUCUUCCACCUCUUGCUUAAGUGCCCUCUGUAGCCAAAGCUUGCAAUAAAAUGGGUUUAAGAGUGAUUUGAUUUGGAGAGCUGCAUUUUUAUGUAAUGAUGUCAGAGCAUGGAUGGGUGGACCAUUUUUGCCAUCUUGUGUUGGAUUGUUAAACUGCAAACUGUAUGUAUACUAAAAGAGGGAGGAAGCAAAGUAUAUGGAUGUUUUAAUGUCAAAGGUGCAGAUUUACAUUAAUGUAUCAGAAGGUUUUUUCUUUUUAAUCAGUCUAUCAAACCUGUAACCUCAACGAACAUAUAUUUAAAUAUAAUAUAUUUCUUGUAAAUUUAAAACUGAUUAGAAACAUUGCUAUGAAACAGAUAUUAUGAUGUUAGCAAUCUAAUUUAAGAUGGCU